AUGUCUUUACACGAACAACACAGCAUUCCCACAGAUACCGAACAAGAAAUUCGGUCCAAAGUAGAGCAAGUCCUCAAAGGAACCCCAUUUGCUCCCUCAAGCCUACGAAAGCUCAGUGGUGGUACUGCCAACUUUAUGUACCAUGCUGUUCUUGAGAAGCCAUCAGGUGAAGACAAAUAUCAAAACGGCGUCGUGAUCAAGCAGGGCGAGGGCUAUGUUGCACUCCAUCCUGCGUUCAAGAUUGCAACUUCUCGAUGUGCUAUCGAGUAUGAGUCUCUUGUCCAUCUUGCUGGACUACCCCCAACAGAGACGCCAUCGGGUAGCAUAUCAACUCCAGAGACAUAUUACUUCAACCAAGAUAGCAAUACUCAAGUCCAAGAGUAUCUUUCAGAAGCUCUCAGUCUGAAAGACUAUGCCCUCAAAUACUACGCUGCCCCCACACCAGCAACUCUUAAAGAGCAAUGCGAGCAGCUCGGCCAUGGUCUUGGAUCUUGGCUUCGCACGUUCCACUGCUGGAGCCAAGAACCUAAGCAAGCAGCCCUACGAGAGACGUUUGCGGGGAACAGGGAGAUGCAGGGUCUCAAGAACAUGAUCAAUUACCAACAGUUGCUACAGGUGGUGGAUCGACACCCUGAGAUCCUUGGCGACGCAAGGGACGUUUUACAGGGUGUCAGUGAUCUGGCUGCCGGGGAACUUGCAGAUGAAUCAGCUUUGUAUCCCAUUCAUGGUGACUUCUGGACCGGAAAUAUCUUACUCCCUGACACUCCUCUGGCAAAAGGCACUCACACUCCCAUUCGUAUUGUUGACUGGGAGAUGGUUCAGAUUGGUGUUCGGCCUCUAGAUCUCGGCCAGGCCAUUGCUGAGCUUUGGCAACUCAAGCUGUACAAGGACAUUACUGCAGGGGAGUGGCUCAUUCGGGCAUUUGCUGAUGGCUACGGUGCCGUGAGUGAUGAGUUUGCUUACCGCACAGUUAUCCAUGUUGGCGUUCACUUGAUCUGCUUUGGAUCUCAGACGCCAGGAUGGGGCGAUGCUGCGCAACAGAAGGACGUGGUCAGAAUAGGAAAGGAGAUCAUAGUCAGAGCCUGGGGUAGGGAUCGUGGCUACUUUGUCGGACAUGUUCUUGGUAGCCUAUUCAGAAGCUAG